GUCUCUUGAAAAUUAUUGUUAUUCUUGCAGUCAGAUUGAAAAUGUUGUGAUCUACUUUACAAUCAUGUCUCGGUUCAACCGAUUGACUCGUUUCCCUGGGACAGUCAGGGAGGGCUUGUCUCGUGCUAAAGCUCUAUUCCUGGAACAGGGAAACAAGGACCCAAGGCACGACGCUUUCUUCAAAAAACUGCACUAUCGUCCUAAUGAUGGUGAUUUCAACAUUUUCGUCGGAGACUUGGUACAUAUUUUGGAAGGACCAGACAAAGGGCGAACUGGUAUAGUUCGUGACAUCUUCUGGCAGAAGAGAUGGAUUUACAUAACAGGAAGAAACACAAAACUCAUGGAACACACUGACAAGGGCAAGACAAUACACUACCAUGAGGAGAAGCCCCUAGAUUGGCACCAAGUUGCUCUUGUUGAUCACUCGGACAACAAGCCGUGCAUAACAGAGUUGUCGUACCUGGAAGACGGUACGCCAACACGUGUAUCUACACGUACAGGAGCCGUUGUACCCCUCCCACCGGAAGUGAAUGACCCCCCGGGAAUGCCGAGCACCAGAGACACCGAUCCAAAGGAGGCAGCAGAGCGAACGUAUCUCGUGUCCAGCAAGACUUUUGCAGAACACGUCCUGUUUUCGCCCGACUUGAAGGAUACAAUCUACAAGAGAAUACACGAAGGAAACGAUCCGAUAUACGCAGCUCUCAAGUUCAGACGGGAGAGGGAGGCAAGAAAAAAGGCCGAGUGAAUGCAAUAGUACAGGAGCCAAGUGGGCAAAAUGUGACUUACCGUUCCCACUUUGGGUGUACCACGAUUUUUUCGCUCAUAUGAUAGAGGGCCAUGUGUAGAUCACCCUACCACUUGUUGUCAUUCUCAGAACUUUCUGAAAGGUGGUGACAAUUGCGAUUGAAAUUGUCUAUAAUUACCAUGGCAACCGGAUACAAAAUUAGGAUUUGUGUCACUUUGUGUUACUUUUACGCCACUUUGCUAUUGGCAUCUCCAUGUAUUUAUUCCAAUCAUUCUAACUGAAUGUUUUGAAGCGAGAAUAAGAACUCUUUUCUUCUGGGUUACCAUGGCCACCACGAACGAUCUACAAAAAUGACAAUAAAAAUCAAUCAACUUCAGAA